AUGAGCUUCAGUUCCCAUCUUCACAAAUUCAACCCUUUCAAACACCCAAUUCCCUCCAUCAGAAAAACCGGUUCCUUCCUCUCAUUCUGCUCAACACCCCAACCCACCGUCGUUUCCAACCCCCUCCACGCGUUUCGCCACAGAACCACCAUAACAACCUCCAACAACUUAACCAGAGUUAUAUCCUUCUGCGCCGCCACAAAAAACCUCUGUUUAGGUAAAACGAUUCACGCUUCAAUCCUCAUCAAUGGGUUCAACAAAAUAACGCCGGUCACUCUCAAUUCCCUCAUCAACAUGUACUCCAAAUGCAACCGACUCGAAACCGCGAGGUUUUUGUUUGAUUCUUCUGAUAGUUAUUUAUUAGAUGAUGUUUCUUGGAAUUCAAUUAUUAAUGGUUAUGUUAGGUUGGGUAGUAAGAAUAGUUAUAGCCAGGUUUUUGAACUUCUAGUUAGAAUGCAUCGAUUUGGAUUUGGUUUUAGUGAUUAUACUUUGAGUAGUGUGCUUAGAGCUUGUUGUUGUGUUGAUAAUAAUUGUUUUGGGAAAUUGAUUCAUGGAUUUGCAGUUAAGCUUGGUUUGGAUUUUGAUGUUGUGGUUGUAACUGCCUUACUUGAUAUGUAUGCAAAAACUGGAUGUUUAUCGGAAGCUGUUAGGGUUUUUGAGAGGUUUAGUUGGAAGAAUGAUUUUAUGUAUAAUGCUAUGAUUGCUGGAUUUUUGCAAGAGAAGAGUGGUGUGUGUUAUGGAAAUGCACGGGAAGCGCUUGGUGUUUUUGGUGAGAUGAGGAGGAAGGGAUUGAACUGUUCGAAGUUUACGUUCUCGAGUAUUGUAAAGGCGUGUGUUGGUGUUGGAGAUUUUGAGGUUGGGAGACAAAUUCAUGCACAGAUUAUUAAGAAUGGUCUACAGGGUGAUGAGUUUGUUUGCAGUUCGUUGGUGGACUUGUACUCGUUUUUUGGUUUAAUUGGAGAUGGAUUAAGGUGUUUUGAGAUGACACAUAAAUUGGAUGUUGUCUUGUGGACGUCAGCAAUUGCAGGUUGUGUUCAGAAUGGACAGUUUGAAAAUGCUUUGUCGUUGUUCUAUAGAUUUUUGGCUAAUGGGAGGAAACUGGACGAGUUCAUUGUAUCAUGUGUGAUGGGUGCUUGUGCAGACAUGGCUGCCGCAAGGACUGGAGAGCAGAUUCAGGGUUAUGCAUUGAAAUUUGGUCUUGCAAAUUUUAUCAUUGUUAACAACUCGCAAAUUUGCAUGUAUGCAAAGUCUGGAGACAUAGAUUCGGCUAGGAUCACCUUUGAAGAGACAGAGAAUCCUGAUGUGGUGUCCUGGUCUGUUAUGAUUUGCGGCUAUGCACAACAUGGUUUUGCUAACGAAGCUCUUAGACUUUUUGAGUCAAUGACUAUAUCUGGGAUUGAGCCUAACCAGGUCACGUUACUUGGGGUCCUAACUGCUUGUAGCCAUGGAGGUUUUGUUGACGAAGCAUUAAGAUUCUACGAAACCAUGAAGAAAGAUUAUGGCAUUGCGGCUAAUGUAAAGCACAGUGCUUGCAUUGUUGACCUCUUAGGCCGUGCGGGAAUGCUAGAGGAAGCUCAGAGAUUUAUUAUUGAUUCUGGUUUUGAGGAUGACCCGGUAAUGUGGCGGUCCUUGCUUGGUGCUUGUAAGGUCCAUAAGGAUACUCACAUGGGAAAGCAUAUUGCUGACAGAGUAAUAGAGCUUGAACCUCAUGAAGCUGCAUCUUAUGUGCUUCUUUACAACAUUUACAAUGAUGCGGGGAAAAAGAAACGUGCUCUAGAGGUAAGAAAACUCAUGCAAGAUAGAGGAGUUAAAAAGGAACCUGGUAUAAGUUGGAUUGAAGUAGGAAAUACAGUUCAUACAUUUUUGGUGGACGAUCGUUCUCAUCCAACGAGUGAACUGAUUUAUUCAAGGUUGGCAGAAAUUUUGGGGAAGAUAAAGAAAAUUAGCUUCGAUGAUGAGAAGCUUCCUUUGGGCAUCUCUGAAACAGAACACAGCGGUGCCGUCAAAAUGAAUCACCAUAGUGAAAAGUUAGCUGUAACUUUUGGAAUUAUGUCUUUACCAAAAUCAGCACCAGUGAGGGUGAUGAAAAACUUGAGGGUUUGCUCUGAUUGCCAUACAACAAUGAAACACAUCUCCAUUGUGGAGAAGAGAGAAAUAAUUCUUCGAGAUGCUAUUCGUUUCCAUCAUUUCAAAGAUGGUUUAUGUUCGUGUAAAGAUUACUGGUAA